AUGUCACUCGAGGAGGCUAAGGAGUUGGAUCUGAAGUACCCCGCAUAUAAGUCAAAAUUUAACAUCCCCACAUUUCAAUCAUUAGGUAUUCAAAAUGAAAAGUUUUCAAAUGAUACAGAAUCAAUAUAUUUAUGUGGUAAUUCAUUAGGUUUAAUGCCUAAACAAACUUCAAAAGCUAUAAAUGAUGAAUUAAAUGCAUGGUCAAUGAGAGGUGUUGAAUCACAUUUUAAUCAUCCAAAUGAAGAAUUAACAAAUUGGGUUGAUAUAGAUUUACCUUUAAUUCCAUUAUUAACUCCAUUAGUUGGUGCACAAAUUAAUGAAAUUGCAAUUAUGGGUUCAUUAACUUCAAAUUUGAAUUCUUUAUUGACUCAUUUUUAUAAACCUCAAAAUAAGAGAACUAAAAUUUUAUUUGAAAAACAAGCAUUUCCUUCUGAUUAUUAUGCAUUUUUAAAUAUUGUUAAAUUAAAUGGGUAUGAUGAAUCUCAUUUAAUACAAAUCGACAUACCUAAAGGUGAAACUUAUUUAUCUACUGAUUUGAUACUAUCUACAAUUGAUAAAAAUAUAGAUGAAAUUGCAUUAGUUUGUUUGCCUGGAAUACAGUACUAUACCGGUCAAUUCUUUGAUAUUUCAUCGAUUACACAACAUGCUAAGUCCAAGAAUCCAGAAAUAAUAGUGGGUUGGGAUUUAGCGCAUGCAGUAGGUAAUGUACCAUUAAAACUACAUGAUUGGGGAGUUGAUUUUGCAACUUGGUGUUCAUAUAAAUAUUUAAAUUCUGGUCCAGGAGCAAUAGCAGGUAUAUUUGUUAAUUCAAAAUAUACAGAAAAUAAUUCAUCAUCAAAUUAUAAGCCAAGAUUAGCUGGUUGGUGGGGGAAUAACAGAGAAGAGAGAUUUAAAAUGUUGGAGAAAUUUGAUCCUAUAGCAUCUGCAUUAAGUUAUAGACAACUGAAUCCAAGUGUUAUUGAUUGUGUUGCAUUAAAAUCUUCAUUGGAUUUAUUUAAUGAAAUUGGAGGAAUUGAACCAUUACGCGAAAAAUCAAUAAAGUUGACAUCAUUUUUGGAGAAAUUAUUGACAUCUAAUAAAUUUUAUAUUCCACAAGAUAGUGUUGAUGAUUCAAAAUUUGGAUUUAAAAUAUUAACACCAUUAAAUUCAAAUGAAAGAGGAUGUCAAUUAAGUAUAUUAUUUCAACCACAUAAAGACACAAAAGAAGAGAAUGUAAUGGAGAAAGUUUUCAAAUAUCUACAUGAUCAUGCUAUAAUUUGUGAUGAAAGAAGACCGGAUGUCAUAAGAUUAGCUCCAUUACCUUUAUAUAAUACAUUUGAAGAAACUUAUAGAGCUUCUCAAAGAUUAUUCGAAGCAUUAGAGUUAAUAGAAAAAGAUUAUACUAAUUAA